CACAAAGGAGUUAUGUGCAAUUAUCCACUUCUUUUAACCAACUACAAAUCUCAUCCUCAAAUUUAACGUGAUAUAAUAAUAUAAUCCCAAUCUUUGACAAUCAUUGGGAAGAAAUGGGAACCUCGGCUUCUAAACGAGUCGGCCGCUACCUUAACAAAUCGGCCGAGUUCAACUCAGCCUGCGACUCAGUCUACGACGACUGCCUCUCCCUCGCCCAGCACGCCUUCGACGGAGUCAAGCCUUACCAGCUCGUCUCCGCCACCGAGCGCCUCCACAGCAAGCUUAGCGACUCCAUCCCUCUCGUCGCCAAAUGGGUCAAAUCCGCCCCGACCCGUGACCAGGUCGACAAGGCAUUCAAGGCCAUCAGAUCCGACUCGUCGGACAGCGAGGCCGUGCUUGGGAACAGCGAGUUCAGAGAGUUCGCCGCGGAGGUUUUCGCUGACGCCAUCGCUUCGGGCGCCGGGCAGGCGGUUCGGACGCGGGUUCCAAUUGGAGUUGUGGGUAUCGCUGGUAUUGGGAUUUUGGUGAAGCCCGGAAGGGAAUUUAUUGCGGCCGCCAUUGGAGCGUACACGCUUGGUGUAACAACUUCUAUUUACCUUAGCUUAGAUGUCUAAAAUGGCUAAAAGCAAAAAAUCUUGUGUUAGACUGUGAGACGAGUCGGAUCGGGUAAAAUCAAUGUUGAAAUGUGAUACUGCUUAUACACAUAAAUGUUAUAUUUAUAUGUUCAAAUGUAAUACUAAUUAGGAAUAAAAUUUUAAUUAUUUAUAAUGGUAAA